AUGACGUCCCCAAAGCUGUGGCAGAAAACCUCCAUCUCCAGACUGGCAGAGGAGUUCUUUUGGAUUGGUGGAAGCGUCGUAGCACAACCCAAAUGGAGACUGGGUCAAUAUGUGGAGAGGUGUAUGUGCACCAUGCAGACUGGCACCCAGAUGACCAAACUGAAAGGGAAGAAGAAGGGCCUGGUCAGGUUCUUCUACCUGGAUGAACACAAGUCCUGCAUCCGCUGGAGGCCCUCCAGGAAGCACGAUAAAGCUAAAAUAACCAUUGACUCCAUCCACGAGGUGUGUGAGGGCAAGAAGUCUGAGAUCUUCCAGCGCUACGCAGACAGCUGCUUUGACCCCAACUGCUGCUUCAGCAUUUACCAUGGCGACCACGUGGAGUCUCUUGACCUGGUCACCACUAACGGAGAUGAGGCCCGUACCUGGAUUACUGGCCUGAAAUACCUCAUGGCUGGCAUCAGUGACGAGGACAGUCUGGCAAAGAGACAACGCAAAAGGGACCAAUGGUUACAGCAGACCUUCUCAGAGGCAGACAAAAACGGGGACGGCAAUUUGAGCCUGGGAGAGGUUCUUCAGUUACUCCACAAACUCAAUGUGAACCUGCCCAGGCAGAAAGUCAGAGAGAUGUUUAAGAAAGCAGACACAGAUGACAACCAGGGUUCGUUAGCUUUUGAAGAAUUCUGUACCUUCUACAAGAUGAUGUCUACACGCAGAGGCCUCUAUCUCAUCAUGCUCUCCUACAGUAAUAACAAAGAGUUCAUGGACCUGAAUGACCUGGUCCGUUUCAUGGAAAAUGAACAGAAGAUGGCGGGUGUAACCAGAGAAUAUUGUCUGGAGAUAGUCAGCCAGUUUGAGCCAUGUUCUCAGAACCUACAGAAUAUGGUUCUGGGCAUCGAUGGUUUCACCAAUUACAUGCGAAGUCCAGCAGGAGACAUCUUUAAACCAGACCACCAUCAUGUGCACCAGGACAUGACUCAGCCCCUGUGUAACUACUUCAUAGCCUCGUCCCACAACACCUACCUGACAGGGGACCAGCUUCUGUCUGAGUCCAGGGUAGACAUGUACGCCUAUGUGCUCCAGGCUGGCUGUCGCUGUGUGGAAGUGGACUGCUGGGAUGGACCAGACGGGGAGCCUAUCGUCCAUCAUGGCUACACCCUGACAUCCAAGAUCCUCUUCAAAGACGUCAUUGAAACCAUUAACAAAUAUGCCUUCACAAAGAAUCAGUACCCAGUGAUCCUAUCCAUAGAGAACCAUUGCACAGUGCCCCAGCAGAAGAAGAUGGCUGAGUAUCUGUUGGAGGUGCUCCAGGAUAAGGUGGACCUUUCUACGGUCAACAUGAAUGAAUUCAGAAAGUUGCCCUCCCCAGAGCUCCUGAAAGGGAAAGUUUUAGUCAAGGGAAAGAAGCUUCCAGCGAACAUUGAUGAUGAUGCAGAGGAGGGGGAUGUGUCGGAUGAAGACAGUGAGGAAGAGGAGGACGAAGAUGACACCCAGAUAAACACAGAUGUAAGGACAUUACUACCGUUUAGCUAAAAUAUACAGACGGGGAACGCUGCUGGCACUGCAGAUGAAUCCAAACCCAAGAAACGCAGGUCUAUCAUGGGCAGCUUCAGACGCAAGAGGAAAAAGAAGAAGAAAAAGAAGCUGAUGCUCAAUUUAGACCAUGCAGACCAAGAGAACCCCAUCAUGAGAGACAAAACACACAUUGUGUACCACAACAAGAAAGGGAAGACGAUGAGGUUAUCCCGAGCGCUGUCUGACCUCGUCAAGUACACCAAGUCUGUCCGGGUCCAUGACAUUGAAACACAAGCUUAUAUGACCAGUUGGCAAGUGUCUUCACUCAAUGAAAGCAUUGUGAACCAGAUCAUGGCUCUGAAGCCAACUCAGUUGGUGCGAUUGAACCAGAGGCAGCUACUACGUGUUUACCCCUCCAACUACCGUGUGGACUCUAGCAACUUCAACCCACAGCCCUUUUGGAACGCAGGAUGCCAUAUGGUUGCACUGAAUUACCAAACAGAGGGCCGCAUGCUUGAACUGAACAGAGCCAAGUUCUCAACCAAUGGCAACUGUGGAUACUUACUGAAGCCCAGGUGCAUGAAUAAAGGUUUCUUUAACCCUACGCUGGAGGACCCUCUGCCGGGACAGAGUAAGACUCAAUUGGUACUGAAGAUUAUCAGUGGGCAGCAGCUUCCAAAACCCAAAGACUCAAUGCUGGGGGAUAGAGGGGAGAUUAUUGAUCCUUUUGUAGAGGUGGAGAUCAUCGGUCUGCCUAUUGAUUGCUGUAAGCAGCAGACAAGGGUGGUGGAUGAUAAUGGCUUCAAUCCCAUGUGGGAGGAGAGCUUGGUCUUCACCCUCCACAUGACCCAGAUUGCACUGGUGCGUUUCCAGGUGUGGGACCAUGAUCCGAUAGGACAAAACUUCAUUGGACAGAGGACCAUAGCAUUCGUCAGCAUGAUGCCAGGUUAUCGCCAUGUCUAUCUUGAGGGCAUGGAGGAGGCCUCCAUCUUUGUUCAUGUUGCUGUAAAUGACAUCACAGGAAAGGUUAAGCCAAGUAAUGCUGUAAAGGGUUUUUUGAAAAAAGCCACGAAGAAAGGGUCAGCCAAGGAGCCAAAGACGGUCUCUAUGCACCUCUCCACUUACUCAUCAGAGGACGUCCGUCAGCGGUACCGCAAGGACCUGGACUCCUACUCCCAGGAGAACAGCGGGAACGGCAGCAUGUUAGUGACGCCUGCAGGCAUAGACUACCUCCAUAGAGGGACUCAGAGUGAACCACUGAAGCGAGCUCACACGGUGCAAAUUCUGGAGGAGGAAAUCCAGGGUGCUUCUCCGAAGGAGGAGAAAAAGAAGGAGAGGAAAAGGAAGGGCAUCCUUGUCCGCGUGUCCUCCACCUUCUCCAACUCUGGGGCGUCCAUCCCGUGCAUCACAGCAACAAGCCCUGACAUGGAGAGCAUGUUUCAGUCGUCUCAGCCACAGAGUCCAGAACCAGAGAGCCAAAUGCAGUCGUUUCAGCCACAGAGUCCAGAACCAGAGAGCCAAAUGCAGUCGUUUCAGGCAGCCUGGCCAGAUCUGGAAGACCAGGUUCAGUCUUUCCAUGCACACUGGCCGGGCCAGAACAACUCGGGUCGGUCAUUUGAGCCUGAGUGGCCAGACCCACCUGAGAUUGAGGACAUAGCAGGAGAACCACUGAGAAAGCUUAACAGUAAGCCUGCACUCCAAACUGUAUCACAACAUCUGAACCAGCCCCUACCCCAGCUCCAUCCGCAGCCCCAGUCCCAACCCCAGCCCCAGUCUCAUCCUGAGGUCAUUCUCCGGAACCAACACCCACCAUCCUCCCCUGUCAGAGUUAGACGGACCCUGGAGACCCCAGCCAGCCAACGCCCCUCCAACACGUCACGGACAAAGGCCCGCUCUCGCAGUGUUCCACGAAAGCAGCAUACCUCCCCCAUCACCCCGUUAGUUAACCGCAGGGCUGCUGUGCACUGGCAGCCUCAGACUCCUUCCCCUCCCCCCCAGAACCAUUGCCGCUAUGGCCACCAGCCUAUACCCAACGGCCUCUACCUGUCUGACAGUGACUCCAGCAGUGGUGGCAGUAUAGACAGUCUAAGUCUGGAGCUCCUGCCCUCGCGUGUGCCAGUCAGUGGGCAGAGGGAAGUGGGCACCCUGCAGAGAGAGAUGAAUGCCCUAUUUGACCAAAAGAUGAAGGAGAUUCGCUGUAAAUCGCCACUCUUUUUUUACGAUUACUCUACGCUAUAG